AUGGCAGAAAAUAGCGAAAAAUACUCUGAAACUGCUCAGACUGGCGAUAUUUCCGUUGCAGAAGAGACUGUUUUGCUGGGGGAAGAUGAUGAUGGCGAUGCUGACUCGCCAGAAAUAACGAUGCAAGGGCUCGCGAAAAUGAUGAACUCUAUGAACGAAAACAUGGCCGCCGUGGCAUCUUCUUUUGCUUUGUUGGGAUCUUCUCUGAAGAGAUCUCGUGAUGAAUCUAACAGCAGUAGUCAGACAAAAAAGAAACAAAAAACGAAUAACGAUCCAACUAUUGAUGACGACCAGCACACAGGCGAUGAAAGCGAUCAUUCCUCACACAGCGAUUCAUCAGAACUCCGAGCAAUUAUGGCGCCAAAAGAUGAAACGACCACAUCGACGGUCGAACCCUCGAAUUUGCUCAGUCAAAUUGCGAGUGACUUUGACGAGGAUGAAAAUACUUCAGGUGCCGUCACCGAGAAGCUUGCUGAGAUCGUAAAUAAACGUUUUUCGGCGCCCUUAGGUGAAGAGAAACUAAAAGAAAAACUGGGGCAGUACUUGCGUCCAGAUAACUGCGCUAAGCUCGCAGUACCAAAGGUUAAUCCUGAAAUAUGGAUGAAAUUAAACCGCCCAGCUUCAAGACAAGACCUUCACAUGGCCAGCAUCCAAAGGGUCAUUGUAAAAGCUGGAACAGCUUUAACACAGUUAGCUGAAAUAUUGCUAACAACUCCCUCAGGCACAAGUACAACUGGUCCUGAUUUGGGAAAGCUGUUGACUAUGAAUGCUGAUGCUGUGGCAUUGCUUGGUCAUGCCACUCAUCAAUUGUCCAUGCACCGGCGACAAGCUAUUAAACCAUUCUUAAACAAAGAGUAUGCCACACUUUGUUCACCACAGGGCCCAGUUACAGAGUUCCUGUUUGGUGAUGUGCUUCAGUCUCAACUGAACAACAUAAAAGCCUCAAGCAAGAUUGGUAACACUAUGGCUUCAGAAUCCCCAAAACCGCCUGCAAAAGGCAAAGAGCCCUGGAAAAAUAAACCCAAGGGUCCUUUUUUGGGGGGGCGAGGGAGCAGGCAGGACCGGCCCCCGUACAGACAAAAGCAAUGGAGAAAGAACAAAUCUUAAACAAACUUACUACAGUACAGGUACAGGAUUAUGUUUCCUUUAUACCUGACCUUUUAGAAUAUCUUAAAAAUAAAGUUUCUAAUUUUCAAGCUGGUAGAUUGUCAUCUUAUGUUGAACAAUGGAAAUUGUUAACAUCGGAUGAAUUUAUUUUAGAUAUGGUGACAGGGGCACACAUAGAACUCUCGUCAACCCCUUUUCAGGUUAAAUGCCAACAGAAAAAAUUGUUUAGUAGCAAAGAAAGGCUGGUCAUUGAUUCUGAAAUAAAAAGCCUACUUGCUAAAGGUGUCAUUGUACCCAGUGUUACUGAACCUGGGGAAUAUAUUUCACCCAUCUUUAUUAUUCCUAAAAAAGAUGGGUCGUAUCGCAUGAUUUUAAACCUUAAACAAUUUAAUGAACAUGUGGCCUAUCAUCAUUUUAAAAUGGACACUUUAGCAUCUGCUAUUAGUAUGAUGAAACCACUUUGCUUUAUGGCUUCAGUGGAUUUCAAAGAUGCGUACUAUUCCGUACCUAUCGCAUCUACUGAUCAAAAAUACUUAAAGUUUAUUUGGGAUGGGCAACUAUACAAAUUUGUAUGUUUCCCUAAUGGACUUGCAUGUUGCCCCCGUAUGUUCACUAAACUGUUGAAACCUGUUUAUGCAAACCUAAGACAACAGGGAUAUGAAUCAUCCGGGUAUAUUGAUGAUUCCUACCUACAGGGUGAUGACUUUGCUGAUUGUGUUGCAAAUGUCAAAGUCACUGUGCAUAUGUUUGAUUCCCUAGGUUUAAUCACUCACCCUGAGAAAUCUGUUCUGAUCCCAACUCAACGAUUAACAUAUCUUGGGUUUAUUCUGGAUUCGAAAGAGAUGAAAAUAUAUUUAACUCCAGAGAAAACAGACAGAUUAAUUAAGCUUUGUGUUGACAUACUUAAAAAACCCAAGUCUACUGUUCAAGAAAUUGCAUCACUUGUUGGCAUGAUGACAGCAAGCUUUCCUGCUGUUAUGUACGGCCCACUGCAUUAUCGCAGCAUUGACAUGGAUAAAAAUGAAGCCCUAAAGAAGAGUAAAGGGAAUUUUAAUAGUUCUAUGACCUUAUCUUCGUCUUCUAUUGAAGACCUACAUUGGUGGGCAGUUUCUCUCCCGAGUGCAUUUAAUGUCGUGCAACACAGCGAGUAUGAAAUUGUUAUUUAUACUGAUGCCUCAACCACUGGUUGGGGUGGUGUCCUGGGUGACUUGAGCACAGGGGGCCAGUGGACCCCAGCUGAGUCGCUUUACCAUAUCAACUAUUUAGAAAUACUAGCAGUUCUUAUGGCACUAAAAGCCUUUCAUAAUUAUGUAAAAGACAAGCAUGUCCGUGUGUUCAUUGACAACACUACUGCAGUAGCUACCAUUAAUCACAUGGGUACCAGUCACUCCAAAGCUUGCAACUCGGCUGGUAGAUUAGUCCGGGACUGGUGUGUAAGCAAUGGCAUUUGGCUCUCUGCUGCACAUAUACCAGGUGUAUCUAACACACUGGCUGACAAAGAGUCCAGACAAGCUCUGGGUUCAAGUGAAUGGGCCCUAGAUCCUAGUUGUUUUGCUCGGGCAGUAGAGAAAGCCCGCGUUACACCAAAUAUAGAUCUGUUUGCUUCUAGGCUUAAUUACAAACUGAAACCGUUUGUUGCAUUCAAACCAGACCCAGAGGCAUGUGCCAUCAACGCCUUUAGCAUAUCAUGGUCAACAUAUUCAUUUUAUGCUUUUCCACCCUUUAGCAUCCUACCCAAAGUAUUGCAAAAAAUUCAGUCAGACAAGGCCACAGGAUUGUUAGUCAUUCCAAAGUGGCCAACCCAAUCAUGGUGGCCAAGAGUCAUGAGAAUGUUGAUACAAGUGCCAAUUCAGUUACCAAUCGGGAGGCACAUAUUGACUCAACCAAGCCAACCAAGCCUUGUUCACCCCCUUUACCCCCAAGUUAGUCUUAUUGCUAUGCCAGGUAUCGGGGGAUUCCUUAAAGACCGUGGACUUUCAAAGCAGGCUGCCGAACUGGUCCUGCAAUCUUGGAGAGAAAGCACUCGCAAGCAAUACAACCCCUACAUUAAACGAUGGCAGUUAUACUGUAGCGAAAGACAAAUUGAUUCAAUUUCAGCACAUAUAGAAGCUGGGGUGAAUUAUCUGGCAGAACUAUACAACACUGGCAUUGGUUAUAGUGCGCUUAAUGCAGCACGUAGUGAACUUUCUUCAUAUGUCAUUCUCCCUGAUGGUUUGCUAUUUGGCAGGCAUCCAUUGGUCCGCAGGUUUAUGAAAGGUGUUUUCGAAAACCGACCUUCUUUCCCACGGUAUAAUGCAACUUGGGACAUUGCAGUUGUGCUGAAGUAUCUUGGAAAGAUGCAUCCUGCUGAUAAACUGAGUCAAAAAGGAUUAACACUUAAAGUUGUAACGUUGUUAGCUUUGCUAUCAGGACAACGUCGACAGACGUUACAUGCGCUAAAAGUCAGUUGUAUGCAACUGAGCCCUGAUAAAUGUAUUUUUGUGUUAGAUAAAUUGUUAAAGACCUCCAAACCUGGUAGGCACUUAAGCCACCUGGAAUUCCUGUCCUAUACACCAGACCCUAGUUUGUGUAUUGUUAAAUAUUUACUUGAGUACGUUAAACGAACACAGACUCUGAGGCAGGGCAUCGAUCACCUUCUUGUAAGUCACCAGAAACCUUACGGUCCAGUUCAUGUGGAUACAGUUAGCAGAUGGAUCAAGACAACCUUGACAAAUGCUGGUGUUAAUACAGACGUUUUUUCCACUCACAGCACCAGGUCUGCAUCUACGUCGGCUGCUUCGAACAAGCAGAUUCCACUGGACACAAUAACUGAUGAAGUCUGCUGGAUGGCACUCAGAUAAAACUUUUCAAAAAUUUUACAAAUUGCCUGUUGAGAAUAACUUAAAUUAUGGCAAGGAGUUGUUGGACUCGCUUAGCUAUUUCAUAUUUGGCAUGUCUAUGUUAGUUUUGAAAUCAUUACUGUUUUUAUUAUUAGUUUAGUAGUGAUCAUUUUGCUUUGAAGUCUCACGUGACUCCUUAGCGACUGAGACCAAUGAUGAAGUAGAAUUGAAAAAUUAAACGAGACUUACCUGUAAGGUGAAGUUUGAUGGAGAUUCUACGAAGUCAUUGGUCUGGAGCUAAGUAUUCAGGUGCCCACCCUUCGUUAGGCAUUAGUUCUAGCAUAAUCUUCCCAUCCCAGGAUUAGAUAUAAUCACUUAGUAUCUUUGAAGAGUGAACCUCGUGGAUCGCGCGCGCUCUCACCUGACUCCUUAGCUCCAGACCAAUGACUUCGUAGAAUCUCCAUCAAACUUCACCUUACAGGUAAGUCUCGUUUAAUUUUUCCAAAUCAGUCCCUAAAGACAUUUCUAAAGAUUUGCGCCCUAUCUCACUUACCACCACUUUAUCCAAAAUUUGCGAACGGUUUGUUACAGCCUGGUUACUUAAGUCAAUUGGUGCAAAGAUUGAUACGCGGCAGUUUGGCUCCGUUAAAAAAUCCUCGGCUACUCAUGCCCUACUGAGCCUGGCCCAUCACCUCCUGAGUGCUACAGAUGCUUCAAGCAAUGCGGUGAGAGUAUACUUGCUUGAUUUUGAAAAAGUUUUUGAUCGAAUAGAUCACAACAUACUGGUCAAUAAGCUACAACAAAUGAGUGUUUCCCAAACCAUUAUAAAUUGGAUUAGAAGUUUUCUCUCUGAUCGUAAACAACGAGCCAAGUUGGCUAACUGUCAUUCGGACUGGCAAACGUUAAACGGUGGAGUGCCGCAAGUGUCGGUGUUAGGGCCGGCUUUGUUCCUUGUUAUGAUAAAUGAUCUUCUUAUUGAUUGGAGCGAUAGAUGGAAGUAUGUUGAUGACAGUACGUUUGCUGAACGAGUUACAUCAACUGAGGGUAGUGAACUGCAAGAUCUAGCGAAUGUUAUCUAUAAUUGGUGUGAAGUUAAUAAUAUGAAGCUCAACAUCGGUAAAUGUAAGGAAAUGAGAUCUGUCAAAGAUGGCGACAAGACAACACGCCUCCAAGCGCUCUGCGCAAAAUUCUAAUAUUUCGAACCCAAGUGCGCCAAAUAAAACAGUGAAAACGAAGAAUCAAAAAUCUAACACGCCUGAGUCAAAAACAAAAGAAGAACAAGAAGGUCAAAGCAAUGAAAUGAGUGAAAUUCACGAUAUGUUCGCUAUGAUGAUGAAGAAACUGGAGAAGUUUGACAGCAUUGAAACGAAGCUUAACAAUAUGGAGAUAAAUAUGGCUGAAAUUAAAGAGUCCUUAGAGUACGCGCACGCUGAAAUCGCGGACGUAAAGAAAGAAAAUGAAUACAGCAAAGAAAAUCAAGCAGAAGCCAAGGAAAAAAUUGAAAUUUUAGAACGCGAUAAUAAGACAUUGCGCGAUAAAAUAAUUGGCAUUCAAGCUAGGCCGAUAGAUCAAUGCGCGACAGUUUACUUUUCUUUAACAUGUCUGAAUCGGAAAAGGAAAAUACUACUGAAAUGA